CCUACUGGAUUUUCCUCACAUCAUCACAUGGCCUCUAGCUCUUCUUAUAUUGAAACCAGUUCACUAAUUUGAUAUAUAAAUCCAUUACUUUCUUCAUCCAGAGCUCAUCCAAAACAACUAAAAGAGUUGAAUUGAAGAUGAAGGUCUCUUUGGUUACCACAGUUUUCUUUUGCUUAUUCCUGGGCUUUGCUUUCAGUACUAUUAGUUGUCAGUCAGAUUCUUGUGGUUCUACUCUCACCCUUUCUGGUAUUCCCUUUGACACAACAACUCUCAAUUGCCAACUCGUCUGGAGUUCUCAAGACUUCAUCCUUAGAUAUGAACAGCGUGGACCAAGCUUAUGGAAUUUCAUUCUCUCAACACCGGACUCAAAUUCAUAUGUUGCAAUUGGGUUCUCGCCUGAUGGGAGUAUGGUGGGGUCUAGUUCAAUCGUCGGCUGGUUUCCGGCAGGUGACCGUGCCGCCGGAGUAAUCAAGCAGUACUAUUUAGGAGGGACGGGCUCACAGGACUGCAGCCCAGAUUCAGGGGACCUAAAAGUUGCAAACAUGACCAUCAUAUCUCAGUCAUCACGUCUGUACCUUGCCUUCCAAUUGAACACUGAUCGACCAAAAUCUAAUCUGAUUUACGCUGUUGGGCCCAGAAGUAGAUUGCCAUCUUCACCGAGCUAUCUAAUGUCAGAGCACCAGUCAAAGACCUCUACAUCUUUGAACUUCAAAGCAGGCACAACUACAACACCUGGCACAAGUUUAAGUCCAAGUCAAAGUCCAACCUCAGGUACAGAAGACACCAAAGAUACAAGUUUGGUUCCAACUUCAGGUCCAAAGGGUUCCCAAGACAAAAGUUCUAAUCCAAGUAUUACCCAAGGCACAAAUUCAAGCUCAAGGAACCAUGGUUCAAUUCUUAAUGUUUUGGGAGGGACUAUUAUGAUGAUCAUUGGAUAUUUCUUCAUAUUUUAAGUUAUUAUU